CAUAGAAUGAUUUUUUAUGGAUUAUUGCAAGGGAACAUUCACAGAAUAUAUGCGUGUUAUGUGCUUGCCAGCGCUCAAUGCUGAUUUCAGUUUGAGACAAACACAAUUAGGAAGAAAGACAGAACAUGUGAAACAAACAUUGUGAUUCUCCUGUCAGGUGUACUGAUUGGGCAGCCUAUCUUCUUUUCUGUGGUGUCUUGUUGUGAGGAGGGAUGUAUAAUGUGUCUGCAGUGUUAUACUAAAUCUUCUGUUUUUUUUAACUUCCAUGCAUGCAACAUGUUAAUUUGCUUAAUAUACCCUUCAUGAUUCUGCGUGAUUUUCUACUUGUUGGUUUGCAUGAUUACCCUUUCCAUUUCUUUGUGAUUUUCUAUGUGAUGAUUUGCAUACGCCAUUAUUACCCCUAACAUUUCUGUGUGAUUUUCUACAUGUUAGUUUGCGUGAUAACCCUUUGCAUUUCUCUUUGAUUUUCUACAUGUCAACAUCUAUCAACUCUUCCUUCUAUUGCUUUAGCUCUUGGCCUCCUGCAUAUCAAUAUCCUGUAUUUUUCUCAAUAUAUAUCUUACAUGUAUAGUGUGUGCCACAGCUCAUCUACAUAUCUUGCUUGUUAGUAGUAUGUCUGUUAUGACUUCCUCCAAUGCUAAGUUAGUUGCUUUAACUAUUGCAUGAUUUCUCUUCUUGCUUGCAGAGUGCUCUUGCAUGGUCACUUGGUGCCUGUUGGUGUGGCAUGUGCCAGGGUUUAAAGUUGGGAGUGUCAUGUACCCAGUCCCUCAAAAUGUAUCACCUGUGCAAUGGAUUCUGGCCCAGGUGGCGGCCAAGUGUGGUGUCUCUGACGGGCGACAGCUCACCGACAGUCUAUUACACCUCAUUAACUUAGACUCUAACAUCACAAACGUUGCCUCUGCUCCAUCAGAUUCAUCAGUCCCUGUAUCUCAUAACUUCCCCUAUCAGUACCAUCCUCAUCAACUGCAGGGAAGCCUGCAAGGAACUUCUAGUGAAAAUCAGUUUGCUGGAUUUCUUGCCUCCAUAAACCAAAGCAACGGUCACAGUACAAAUAGUAGUCAUCUCUACACCAUAAGUGGCAAUAGUCUAAGUGGUGGUAGCAGUCAUUGUGGUAAUUCUGGUGUAAAUAGUGUUGGUGGAGCUAGUGCUUCUGGUGGUGGUGGUGGUGGACACAUCUCAAAUCAACAAGGUAAAGAUUAUACACCUCAGGGCCUUUCGACUUGCGAUCAUUUGGACCUAGUGAACCCCUUAGAAAGUGGUUUGUUUUUGACUCCCUCAAGUAAUACCGCAGACAACCUCUUGAGUGGGUCUUGUUGGCUUGGUGGGCCUCAUAUCAGGAUGGUGUUACCUGUAUGUGGCCAAGAGAUAGUAACAAUAACAAAGACAAGUAGCAGCCAUAGCACCUCUUCAAAGAAUUCUACCAACAACAACAAUAAUAACAGCAAGAACAUUAGUAACGGCAAUAACAGCCAUAACAAAAAGAAUAAGAACCACUAUAACAACAAGACUGAGCAGGGUGAUCAUAGCAAUCAGUAUAGUGUCCGUGGCAGUAAGCAAGAAAGUUUAGGCCAUGACACUUGUAGUGCAGCACAGGACAAGGAGAAGCACGAUAGUGAGCGGCUCUCACACCCUAAGGUACCUGUGGCAAAUAAAGCAGUUGAUGCAAAGGAGGUGGAGAAACUCCUGCAGGAUGCCCUCUGGAAGGGCAGUCAGCAGCAGAAGAAAAGCGAUAAUAGGUCGGAGUGUGCCAGCAGCAGUGGAGGCAGUGACACAGGCUACUCGUCACGCUGCUCCACUCCCCCUGGACCUCAGAGCCUAUCUCUCGACCACACACUAGAUGCCGCAGAGCCCAAACUUGCCACUAAAAGGCACCUGGAUGUGCCUGGCAGAAGGGGCAACAACAACCGGGAUUCGCGAAGUGAGUCCCCAAGCACUUCCAGUGUCAGUUCUCAGGGAUCAUACCACAACCCACGCCAGAAGAGGAGAUACAAUAGCAAUGCUGAUGGCCAGAACACACAACCUCAUCACCAGCAGCAUCACCGUUAUCACCAGAACCAUCGUCCGCAUCUCAAUCAACAUCAUCCUUCACAUCAUCAGUAUCAUUAUCAGCAACAAAUCUCCGCCCAGCAGGGUGUUGUUGUAGGUGGAAGGGGGAACCAUCUGUACUACAACUCUUUUCCAGAUGUAGCUAAUAGAGACUGCACCAACUAUCAUAACCGAAGAUAUGAGCGAGGUUAUAAUAAUUAUGGUUAUCAUGGGCACUAUGAUUAUUAUCCUUCACAUCAUCACUACAACAAUAGUGAUGGAAGAUAUAAUCAUGGGUACAAUAACAGGUACCAUAACAACCACAGAAACCACUACAACAACCACUGCCCUCCACAUAACACUAAAAAUAAUAGGGACCAAGGCAAACUGCCAGUGAGUGAACGUGCUGGGACUUUCAUCAGUGAGAGAAUAAAUACAAACUUCCAGUGGAAGAGUGAAGUGGUGGGAACUCCUAGUGAUCUGUUAAAUGGGUCAGAGUGGGACAACCUUUCACAGCAAGUUUGGGACACGUUCCAGUGCCACCAGCAGACGGACAAAACCUUUGUUAAGAAGAUGAAACUAAAGGAUAAGAUUUUCAAAGUGAUUAGGAACGUCCUACCCAUGUGUCGCUUGUUUGUGGUGGGAUCCUCUCUGAGUGGCUUUGGUGCUGACAGUAGUGAUGUAGACAUGUGCCUCAUGGUGACGCCCGGGGACCUCGACCAGCGCAGGGAGGCCACAGCUGUUCUCCGCCUCCUACAGAGAGAACUGAACAAUUGUGGUUUCAUUCAGAAGAUGGAACUGAUCCGAGCUAAAGUUCCCAUCCUCAAGUUCAGAGACUCUGACUCGGAAAUUGAUGUAGAUCUCAACUGUAACAAUGCUGUUGGGAUCCGCAACACUCACCUUCUGAACUCCUAUUCUCAGUUGGAUUGGCGAGUUCGUCCCCUGGUGCUGGUAGUGAAGCUCUGGGCACACUACCAUGAUAUAAACAAUGCCAAGGACAUGACCAUUUCCUCAUAUUCUUUAGUCCUCAUGGUCAUACAUUACCUGCAACAUGGAACAGAGCCACCUUUAUUGCCAUGCCUUCAAAGGGCUUUUGGUGAGAAAUUCCGGCCUAACGCUCACAUCCUCAGCAGCCCAGUCACUGAAAAGAUGCCCAUUUUCACAUCAAACAACCAUGACAGCUUAGGAGAACUUUUCCAUGGGUUCCUGGAUUAUUUUGCGAAUACUUUCACAUUUAUAGAGGACACAAUCUCAGUAAGGACUGGAGGAACCAUGCCAACGAGUCAGUGCCGUUCUGUCAGGACUCGCAAGAACGAUUCCCGCAUGUGGAAAUAUCUGUGCAUUGAAGAACCUUUUGAUCUGACCAACACAGCAAGAUCUGUUUAUGAUGAGGAAGUAUUUGAAAGAGUGAAAAAGGUGUUUGGUGAUUCUUUCAAACUCUUGGCUGAAUCAAAGGAUCUGUCAACCAUCAUACCAUUUGUGAAGCCAGUCACCCCAAGUUGAGAGAUAAGACUGUAAGACUAUACAUGUAAUGGUUUUCAUGAGAGGUUCUUCAAGUGAUAUUAGUUGUGGGUAAUGUAAGCAGCAUCUAUAAUGAUAACAAAGGAUUUUUUUUUUUUUUUUACCUAUAUACAUACUUCCAAGAUGCUGCUUAGAGGUUGUAAAGGAAUAAUAAGAAUACUUUUUUGUGAAAAUUAUGUAAUAGUAUUAUUAGAUAUAUUCUGCUUAUCCUAUGUAUUAUAAAAAUAUUAAAUUCAUUGGAGCAUAAUCCACCAUCUAAAGUAAAGGUUUUGAGGUAAUAUAAACUGAGUUGUGAAAAAGGGAUGAGUUGUAUAUAUGAAUAUUUGAGUUGUGAUUUUGAAGCAGUGAUAUAAUAACCCUGUCUGAUAGUAUUCUCUACAAGAAAUGGCAAAAAACAGAGCUGUCCAGUGUGUAACCUAAUUUAAUAAAACAUGAGCAACUCAGUUAUUACCAAACAAGAAAAACUUUUAGAAUAUUAUGAUGAAGAGUAGAAAAUUAUACAUAUAUUAUUCUGUAUUUCUGCUGCACUUAUAAUGCCAGUAAAACAGGAGAGAUGCAUGUGUUACAGAUGAGGCUCAAUUACUUGUAAGUUGAAUAGUGAAUCCCCCUCCCCCCUGACAAGUAUUUUAUUAGUUUGUUUUUUCAAGAUUUUGUGUUUUUUCAAGAUUUUGGAUUUUUUUUAUAAUGGAAUUAAGAUCAAAGCCACAGUAACUGUUUUAAUCAGCCUCUGUUGAUUAUGUUAUUCUGGAUCACUGACAGUUAGAUUUGAUGCAUUUAUUGCCCAUUUUGUUAUUACCAUUUAUGUUUGCUUACCAUAACCUUUCUUUGAAUUGCCCAGUUGCAGAUGUUUAAGGGUGUAGGUAAAUUAUGGUAGGUUGCAUUAAAAAAAAUAAAAAAUAAGGGAAAAAAAGACCAUAUAUUAGCAUUUGAAUUUAUGGGGAAAAGUUUGGUUAUUUCCACAGAGUUUAUCAAUAAUUUUUAUAUGUUUAUUAAUAUUUAACCUUUUUUUCUGAAUGAGUCAGUGUUUGUCACUAGAAACUGGCAGCAUUAACAUUAAUUUAAGCUUAUGAUGUAGGCCUCCACUUUGUUGGACUCUCUGAUAUUGGUAAAUGUCAGACUCUCUGAUAUUGGUAAAUGUCAUGCCCUUUGUGUGCUUCUUCUUUUUGGUUACUAGAUGUUAGUUUUGACAGCCCUGCUUCAUACUUUUAUAUAAAGGAAGAAUUUCUUGCUUUAUAAUCCAUGAACCCAAAUCACUUAUUUUUUCAAAAUGAAAAGUGACAUCAUCACAAAUAAAUAGACAUAAAUAUAUUGACUGCAGAUUCAGCCAUUAGACUUAGUGAGUUAGGAAUGAUCCAUAAAUACUAGCACAAAAAUAUAGGCAAAAGAAGUUUGUGCUUUGAGGUAUUAUAAACAGACAGACACUGACAAAGCUGUCUCUUUCUUUGUCUUUUUCGAUACUUAAUUUGUUUUUAGGUGUUUGACCGAAAUUUUGAGCCUAAAUUUAUUACUGAAAGAUUAUGUUGCAAAUAUUCAUGUGUGUACUUUUACAUUUAUAUAUAUAUUUUUUUUUUUUCGUAGAAGAGUACAUAUAAUUUGUAGAUUCCUUACCUCCCUCUCCUUUUUUUUUUUUUUUUUUUUUUUUUUUUUUUUUUUUUUUUUUUUUCUUCCUUCCUUCCCUUCCCUCUCCCCCUUUUUGUUUUGGGGUCUACUCUUCUCUUUUCUGUCACUCUAUUUCUAAAAUUAAAAGUAUCAAAUUUAGAUGUAUCUGUAUGGGAGCAACAGGAAGGAAGACCAGGACUAGUCGAAAUGGGCUCCCGUUCACCUGCCUUCAUAGCCUCUGCACUAUUGUUCUUCCCUCUGACAGAGUGGCACCAGGACCCUGCUUGGAGUGGGAUCGUAUUUAGUUGCUGGUGGAAGGGGGAAGAUUUUUGUCUUUUCUUUUUAUGAUGUGCAUAUAUUUAACAUCUUUGUUAAUAAGGGAUAAAGAAUAUUAGAGUAAGUGAAUACACAUAUUUAGAUAAUAUUAGAGCAUAUGGAGAUAAAUGAAUAUAUAUAUAUAACUUUAAAAUAUACCAUUUUCAGUUAUCUUGCCUGUGUGAUUGUCAUAUGAAUUGCAUAGAUGAUUACAGAAGGGAUUACUGAAGGUAAAUAUGAGGUUCAUUAUAUUAGUCAUAAUCUUAAAACAAAAUACUGCUUUUGAUGCUGUAUUUAAAAGAAAAAAAAUGAGAUAAAGUGCAAAAUUCCUUUGCGGGUAUUAAAAAAAAGAAGAUAUUAAUCCAGUAGUAUAACUAACAUGGCUGUGGUACUGGACUGUACUUAUUUAUUUCAUAUUAUAGGCAAUAUUUGUGUGAUAUGCUGCUCUGUGUUGUUGACAAUCCUGAUAUGUGAUGUGCCUGUUCCUUUUAAUGGCAUUUAAUGGCAGCCUGAUGUGUCAUUCCUGUUCAUUAUUUUUUAUUGUUCAUAAUGUAUGAGAUGGAAUCUUAGUGUUUAUAUGAAGAUUGUAUUUACUUGAUAAUGCCUCUGUAAAUAGUAUAGGUUGGAUGAGGUUGGGCGGUCACUUCAGGCUGUUAUUGACAAAUUUAUAUUUUACACUUUCUAGGUUCUCUAGAUUUAUAUUUUUGUUUAUUUUCCAUUGAGAAUAUUUGUUUAUGACAAUGUGUCUUGGCAAGUAAGGUGGCAUUAUUUGUCUUUUGACUUAGCAAAUUGUAUGCUCCGCUUGUCCUUUUUUUUUCUUCUUUCGCUUUUCUCUUUUUGUAUCAGGUUAAAGACAGUAAGGAGUAGGUGUGCACCAUGUUUGCAUUCCAUUGUUGCUACUUCAGGUGUAAACACUGUCAUGCCUCACAUAUAUACCUCAAGAUAAGUGGCCAGAACUGGAUCAUAAGGGGAGGUUCUCAGAGUUUUGAGUAGAAGUAUGGACAAGAUACCUAUAUUGUGGGCUCUACACUUUGUUCUGAAGUGAUGAUGGUGAUGUUUUAGUUGUGUUAUCAUUGUCAGGGGAGAUGAAAAAGACCAAUUUAUAUUGGGAUAUUAUGUCACAUGUUAUAUUAAAUACACAAGAAUUUUAAGGUAAAAGAGUUGUGUGAAGUGCUCGACAGUAUGACACAGAAAAAUUGUCCUUACUAAAGAGUAAUUUAUCUUUACAGCCAAGGCUGGCUUGGGGAAUUGAAGGUAUUUGGUAAGGAGAAAAGAGAAGGAUACAGAUAAAGGAUUCAUUUUGACAAAAGAGAUUAAGCCUGAGUGAAAUUGAUAUAAAGAUUUAUUGAAAGUAUUGCUAGUAUUUUAGGCAAAAAAAAAAAAAAAAAAGUGACUACUAAUGAAGUUUAAUCAGUUUUCAAAAAAAAAAAAAAAAAAAAAAAUGUCGUUAUUAUUAUUUAUUUAUUUAUUUUUUUUUUUUUUUUUUAGGGAAAUAUUCAGAGUUGCUUCUGUGCCCAUUAUUUGAUUUGAUUUAGUUGUCAGUAGUCAUCUUGGUUGUGUAGUCUGACUGAUAUUAUUUUUAAGUAAACUUCAAAUAAAGAAAAUGAUGCAUUGCUCAGCACAUGAACCUUUUUAUGAUUGAUAACACAAUCCAAAAUCUAUUGACUCGUGGAUGCAAGUGAUUGAAUGUCCAGGCUUUGUUUGAUGCACAAGUCUUGAGAAUAGAUUUUCAGUGACAUGCGUAUCAGCAGCAUCUUUUAGCCAUAGUCCUUGAUCAGGGUGUCUUUCAGUUUAACGUAUGUCUUUGGAAUGUAUUUUUUAUAUGAAUACUUUACAGUUACUUCAAGUGCCUAAGAUUUAACAUUUAGAGAUGUGUAGUUGAAAAAAAGAGUUACUAUAAUUAGUAUUACUGAUCAAGAAAACCUCUUCAGGGUUAACGUUUGAGCUUUUGCAGCCACUGCGUUUGGUUGCUGUAAUAUUUGUUUUCCUUUGUUUUUUCUCUCUCUUUCCUGAAAAGUGCUAAUGAAAUUGCAAGGACCAGUCAUUUCCAUAAAGACUUAAAAGGUGUAUGAUUUCAGUUUUUGUAUUUCAUUGCCUUUCUUCAAAAAUAUUAUUAUUAUUAUUAAUUUUUGAUUAUUACUCUUUAAAUUCAAGUGUUAUGAUACUUACAAUUUUUGUUUUUUCAUUGUUUUCGUAUGAAUUAUUAUGAUUAUUAUUAUAGAUGUUAUACUGUUAUUGUUAUUACUUAAUAAUGCUUAACCCCAUUGUACUUUGGUUUGUAAUCUCCUUGCAAUAGAUUUCACCCAAUGUGGUCCCUUU